CGCCUCCAGCCGCCUCGCCGGGAGGAUGCAGACGCUGGGAAGAGCGAUGAGGAUGGAGGCCGGCGAGGCAGCGCCGCCGGCGGGGGCGGGCGGCUGGGGCAAGUGGGUGCGGCUCAACGUGGGGGGCACGGUGUUCCUGACCACCCGGCAGACGCUAUGCAGGGAGCAGAAGUCCUUCCUCAGCCGCCUGUGCCAGGGGGAAGAGCUGCAGUCCGACCGGGAUGAGACUGGGGCCUACCUCAUCGACCGAGACCCCACCUACUUCGGGCCCAUCCUGAACUUCCUCCGGCACGGCAAGCUGGUGCUGGACAAGGACAUGGCCGAGGAGGGGGUCCUGGAGGAAGCGGAGUUCUACAACAUCGGCCCGCUGAUCCGCAUCAUCAAAGACCGGAUGGAAGAGAAGGAUUAUACUGUCACACAGGUGCCACCCAAGCACGUGUACCGCGUGCUGCAGUGCCAGGAGGAGGAGCUCACUCAGAUGGUCUCCACCAUGUCUGACGGCUGGCGCUUCGAGCAGCUGGUGAACAUCGGCUCCUCCUACAACUACGGCAGCGAGGACCAGGCAGAGUUCCUGUGUGUGGUGUCCAAGGAGCUCUACAGUUCCCCGCACGGGCUGAGUUCCGAGUCCAGCCGCAAAACCAAGAGCGCGGAGGAGCCGCUGGAGGAGGAGCAGCAUCAGGAGGAGGAGGUGGAGGUGGAGGUGGCAGAGGUGCAGGUGGAGGCAGAUACACAGGAGAAAGCCCAGUCAUCUCAGGAUCCCGCUAACCUUUUCUCCCUCCCACCACCGCCUCCUCCUCCUCCGCUUCCCGCUGGAGCUCCUGCCUCAUCUUCAUCCACCUCCUCUUCCUCCUGGAUCUCAUCUACACCCUGCCUCUUCCCUCUCUGCCCCUGUCCGGGCUUCCUCUCUGCCUGCUCGCGCCUCCAUCCCGGGGCUGCCCUGGUCCCAGCCUCCUGCGCCCUCCACCCGGGCGCCCUGGCCCUACAUUCCAGAGCGUCCUGCCUGCCGCCUCCUGCUCCCCUGCUGGCACCUCCUGCCUCCAGGCCCGGGGAGGAGGGGUGCGGCUGUACCUCGUCGGCAUCCGCCGACCCCGCCGGGCACGUCUGAGGCUGGUCCCCCUGCUCCGUGGCCGCCCUGUCCUCUCCUCCUCACCUUUCCUCCUUGCAGGUUCCCGUCCGCACGCCCUCAGACCUGAGGCUGCGCUUCUUGCAGCAAGGGCUCCUCCUGGGCCCCCUCCUGGGCCCCUCGCCCGCCCCCAGAGCUGCCUUUCCUGGUUUGUAGCUUUGGCAGAGCUGGAGGGAGGGGUGGAAGCCCGGACGGUGCUCAUCUCCUGUUCCUUGGACUUGAGCUGAACUUCCGGCUGAUUUUCUCCUCCUCUCACCAAAGUUUCUCGGCCUCUCUGGGCCUUGGGUAUGAGGCUCUGAGACACGACCAAAGGGAGAGGAGAUUCUUUCCUGCCUGCCUGUCAGCACCAGAGCCAGGCUGGGCAGGAGGGAAGGGAAACAGAAGCCAGGCGCCCUGACCUCAUCCCCGCGUGGCCAGGAACUCCAGCAUUCCUGGGUUGGCACUGGGUUCCCCAGUUUCUGCGGGGGUGGGAAGGCCAGGCCACACUUGGAUUCCCUUGACCGAUGAGGAGUUAGCCGGAGCCGGCUGAGGAUCAGGCCAGGGCAGAAGAAGCCCUGGCCAGGUGCCCACAGGCCCCCACGCAAUCUUAUCUGCCUGCUGUGUGACCUUGGGCAAGUCACUGUCCCUCUCUGGGCCACAGAUGCCUCUAAAAUGGGGACAGACAGCUGAUCUCUGUGAGCUUUUGCCUGAGACCGUGGUGACCAGCCUCCCACACUCAGGCCAGAGUCUUGGCAGAACUGCCAGGUGGCCACCACCCAGCCCACGAUGGGGCAUGGGGCUCCCAGAUGGGCAAGCUGGGUCCCCUUCCUGCUCCUGCCCCCCCUCAGCUCUGGAUCCACUUUUUCUGGGCCUCAGCCCCCGCCUUCCUUCCAGCAAGGACCUUGUACUCACCUACCUCUCUCUCUCUCCCUCUCUCCCACCCCGCCUCCCUCCAUUUCAAUCUCCUCUCUGCCCUUCUUGUUGCCCUGCACGACCCCCUCCUCACUGGUCCUACCCUCUCAUCCCCCUCCCGGUGUUCCGAACACCACCACCCCCCCUCCCCCUGCCCCCUCUUAUUUUCUAGCUGUUACAAGCCAGAGGCACCCGGAUGUGAGGCCCCAGAUCACCUCCAGGGACUUGGGGUUCCGAUCUGAAAUCCUUUAUUUUUGUACCAUGGGGUGGGCCCCUGGCCCGAGGUGGAGGAAGAGGUCUCCCCGCUGUCACCUCUGUCUAUACCUGCGGGGCUGUGAUUUGCCCCUGCCUCGGAGGGCCGGGUGGGGGCCCGCUGGGAUCUCUCAAAGCCUGAAGUGGGCCCUGGGACCCCUGGGCAGGGCACCUGCCCAUGGCCAGAGGGUGGCGGCGCCGUCCAGCUGUGUCUCCCUCGCCCCUCCGUCCCCGCCCCCGGGCCCCUCAGCCCCAUGGCGGAUCCACACUCCUCCAGCCCCAUCGUGUCACCCCCUUGAGCCUUCAUCUUCCUGUCUGUGGAAUGGGUUCACUCCCUGCCCCGCCUCCCUCACAGGGUUGUGGUGAGGUUACAAAGAGGAGCAAGGUCCCCGAAACCCUCAGGGAGGGUAUAAAGCCCCGGAUGCAGCUUCAGGGAUUGGUGGGAGAUGAAGGGUGUGGGGUUUGGUCCCAUAGGAGAGAGGGGAUGGGCGACUCGGCCUUCACCUUGGCUGCUCCCACCCCGUCUGUCCUGCUGGGGCACAGAGCGCCCUGGUCGGGAGGAUGCUGACAGUGGCAGCGCGACCACUCAGGGACCGAUGAUGAGGGAAAGGGGAUGUUCUUCCCUCUGCCCAGGGGACAGUC